CGUCUUGUAAUAUAUCGAUCUCUACCAGCACACGCAGACGUAACCGUUGAUUUCCCCAAACCGGAAAGAAACCCAGUUCCAGCUCUCCAACUCUUUCUCGUCGUCUCCUGCUUCGUCACCGUCGCCGUCUUCUCUCUCUCUUCCUCCUCCGCCGACUCCACUUGUUCCGAUUCCGGCUCAGCUCCAAUUUGAUCGGACGAUUCUCAACCUCUCCCUAGCCAUGUUCAAAUUCUGGGGAUCACAGGAGCAGCAAGCUCAGCCACGUCCGGAUGAUGCUGCUCCGUCGCAGCAGUCUUGGUAUCCUCCCUCUGUUAGUUCAUCGUCUCGGCCUUUAACACCGAGUAGAACCUCUUCUACUCCCAAUUUGAGUUCCAGGGGUAGCUCGCCUGUUUCUCCAACUGAAGCUGCCGGUGUUAUUGCUUCUUUGAAGGACAAAAGUGUUGACGAACUACGGAAGCUUUUGUCUGACAAGGAUGCAUACCAUCAAUUUUUCCUGUCGCUCGAGCAGGUCAAAGAUCAAAAUAAUCUAAGGGGAGAGCUACGAAAGGAAACUCUGCAAUUAGCCAGGGAAAACAUGGAGAAGGAACCACGCAUGGUGGAACUUAGAAAUCAGUGCAGAAUAAUUAGAACAACAGAGCUGGCUGCCGCUCAAGAGAGGCUAAAUGAGCUUGAGCGACAGAAAGAAGAAACUUUGAAGUCACGUUCACCUUCUUCCCUUCUCCAAAGGCUUCAAGAAGCAAUGAAUAAGACAGAGGAGGAAUCUGAAGACCUGCACAGGCAACUCCUCAAUAGUGAAAUCGAUCUGGGGACUUUUGUUCCAAAAUAUAAGAAGCUUCGCAACACUUACCACCGACGAGCGCUUGUUCAUCUUGCGGCAAAAACAUCUUCAAUCAGCUGAAAUUGUAAUGAUUGGGACGCAAAAAAAAUGUAUACUUUCUAGUAGAUACAUAACAGAACAAUUCAGAAACAUUGCUCUAGAUGGUUGAUUUCUGUUUGCUGUGUAUGUGUAAUAUUUGGUAAACUGCUGGUCAUUGCAUUCUUAGUAUUCAAUUUUGAUAAAAAUUCUUGUCUUAGUAAAC